AUGGCAGGAGGGCCCCCUAGCAUGAAGGAGGAGAUAGAAAUGUGCAUAGCUGGAGAAGUGGGGCCUGGAAGCCAUGGGAAAACUCGAGACCAACUGGUGAUAGCAGAAAUGAUGGAGCAUGGAUCCUGGUCACUAGGUGCUCCCCAGAGGCGACAGAAGUUGGAACCAAAGGCUUCUGGUUCUUCUGCAAGCCAAACAGUUUGGACUAUGGGUGCUACCCGGCCCAAAAAAAUUGGUACUGGGCACCAGCUGCAGAAGCCCAGAAUGUCACGAGAGACAGUGCAUGGCAGUGCCCAUCCCCAAGAGUAUCCAGGCAGCUUGCAAGGCAUGAGGUUUCAUUAUGAACGGCAAGAGCUGCACCUUGAGUGCUCCAGGCAAGGACCACUGCACAUGAUCACUGGACGCCUGCGUGCCCUCGAGGACCAGGGCGCCACCUGGCGGCACAGGGAGGCUGUGUUCUUCACCAUGCUGGUGUCUGCCUGCAUCGCCAACCUGUGGCUAUGGAUGCGCCAGUGA